GCUCUUUGGGUUUAGUAGCAGAGGCAAGUUCAAUCAAGAGUAGACCAUGCUACUUCGUCAAUUUCGGAGGUCCAUCGCCGCCGCCCGCAGUUUCUCCGCGGUCGUAUCGGCGCCAAAUAAAGUCUCAAAGACUGGAGCUGUGACAAAAACCAACACCAGCGGCGGUGGCCGAGACACCUUGGGUAAAAGGCUUCUGAGCCUGGUCUUCCCAAAACGCAGUGCUGUGAUUGCUAUUAGCAAAUGGAAAGAGGAAGGUAACUCAGUCCGAAAAUACGAGCUCAAUCGUGUUGUUCGCGAGCUUCGUAAGCUCAGGCGAUAUAAACAUGCCCUCGAGAUAUGUGAAUGGAUGAGAGAACAGAAAGAUAUCAAGUUGCUUGCGGGUGAUUAUGCUGUUCACUUGGACUUGAUUGCAAAAGUUCGAGGUAUAGAUAGUGCAGAGAAAUUUUUUGAGGAUCUGCCUGAAGGAAUGUCAGACCACUUUACCUGUACAGCUCUUCUCCAUACAUAUGUGAAGAACAACUUGUAUGACAAAGCUGAGGCUCUUAUGGAAAGAAUGUCGGAAUGCGGUUUACUAAAUAAUCCUCUUCCUUAUAACCACAUGAUGUCUCUUUACAUCUCAAAUGGGCAACUAGAGAAGGUUCCAGGAAUAAUUCAGGAGCUAAAAAGGAAUACUACUCCAGAUGUUGUUACUCACAAUCUGUGGCUUACUGUUUGUGCUUCACAAAAUGAUGUUGAAUCUGCAGAAAAAACUCUUCUUGAGUUAAAGAAGGCAAAGUUAGAUCCCGACUGGGUAACAUAUAGCACUUUAACCAACUUGUAUAUCAAAACUGGGUUCACUGAAAAAGCUGCAUCUACUUUGAAAGAGAUGGAGAAAAUGGCAACCCGGAAAAAUCGAGUUGCAUAUUCAUCUCUCCUCAGUCUGCAUACGAAUUUGGGAGAUAAGGAGGGUGUUCAACGAACUUGGAAAAAGAUGAAAUCAUUAUUUCGUAAAAUGAAUGAUGCCGAGUAUAAUUGCAUGAUAUCUUCUCUUCUAAAACUCGAGGAGUUGAAGGAAGCUGAGGAUCUCUAUACCGAGUGGCGAUCAGUUUCUGGAACUGGUGAUGUUAGAAUUUCAAAUUUACUGCUUGCAUCAUACAUCAACAGAAACCAAAUGGGAAUGGCUGAAACGUUCCACGAUAGAAUGGUCAAGGAAGGGAUAUCUCCUUGUUACACAACUUGGGAGCUUCUCACAUGGGGUUAUUUGAAAGAAAAACACAUGGGAAAAGUACUAGAUUACUUUGAAAAGGCUGUGACGAGUGUGAAAAAAUGGGAUCAUGAUGAAAAGUUGGUUAGAGAAGUAUUCAAGAUGAUUGAGGAGGAAGGUAAUGUUGAAGGAGCCGAACACCUAUUGGAAAUUCUAAGGAACAGUCAUUAUGUUAGUACAGGGAUAUAUAACUCACUCCUAAGAACUUAUGCCAAAGCUGGUAAAAUGCCACUCUUAGUUGAAGAAAGGAUGGAGAAAGACAAUGUUCAGUUGGAUGAAGAGACUCGUAAGCUGAUAAAGAUAACUAGCAAAAUGUGUGUGAGUGAGGUAUCGAACACUUUUCUUAAACAAUAGGUGCAAUUUAGGGUUUUUAAUUUUUAUAAACUCUGAUUUAAGUGGAUGAAUAGUAAAUUUUUGCAUUACAUCCAACAUCUUUUAUUCUACAGGUUAUACGUUUUAUCAAUUA